AUGGUCACCGGUAUUGAGGCUGCAGGGCUUGCUCUCGCGAUUCUCCCGCUCUUCGUGAACCAGAUCGAUGCCUACGUCCGCGGCAUAGAGAAGAUCAAGGGUCUGAGGCGCUACCGACGGGAGUUUAAAGGUUAUGCAAUAAACCUCCGUACACAACAUGCGAUUCUACUGAAUACGUUGGAACAAGCCUUGGAAGGUAUCGUGAACGAUGAAGAUCAAGUUUCUGAGCUCAUCUGCGAUCCACAGGGUGAUGGAUGGAAGGAUCCGGACUUGCAAAAGCGACUACGCUCGAAGCUGGACCGAAACUACGAGGUAUUCAUGGGAAAUAUGGCUGGCCUCUCUGAGUUGUUGGAACAACUAUCACAUAAACUAGAUAUUGGCGCAACGGAUACAAAGACGCCCAUCAGCGAAGCGUGGAAUAUAUGGAAAUUUCGAAAAAUCCUCAGCAAGGCAGUCUACGACGAUCUCCUCGUGAAGAUUGACGGAACCAAUACAGUCCUGAAGACUCUGGUCGACCAAUCAUUUCACCUAGAAGAUACCAAGAAGAGGCGGCAGGGCUGGGGCUACCUUCUGAAACGGUAUCAAAAGGCUCGUAAGCAUGCCGAGAGAUUGUUUAAAGCAAUCAUUGGAGGAAGCUACUGGGGCUGUCAAUGCAAGAAUCACCAUUGCGUCCACCUCCAACUGCAAGUAAACUGCCUACGGAGUACCGAAGAAUACCCCGACAACGACUUCGACGCCAGAUCAGAAUUUCGAAUGAUAUUUUCUAACACGAAGCAAGCGGACCUACCGUGCCUAUGGACUUGGACAGAAGUGGUCUUUGAACCUUGGCAGGUUGAAGAGAUGGUUACACUUGCUAGCCUCUCCCUGCAUGACGAUCCCACGGCCUAUCGCCAGAAGAAGCCUAGGGUUCAGUUUGAUAUGCCUCCUGUAGAGAAACCACGGUCAUCGGAAAAACGCCGAGAGGCUCUAUCCGCUCCACCAAUCCAAGACUUCUGUUCGUCUCUUUGCGUCGCUGAAUCAGACAUUGAGCGACGGAGAAGUAUAGGUUCGAUUUCGAAUGACCUAGAUUCCUCUGUGAAAUACACGAUGCAUGCCGUCAAGAUACUUCCAAAAACCGUUCCCCAAAAGCCUCUCCGCGAGGUACUAUCACAUAUCAGUCGACGGGACCGCCUUCGUAUUGCUACUGCUCUAGCAUGUGGUAUGAUCCAAUUCGGCGGUAAUUGGUUGAAAUCCUGGUGGGACAUCUCUGAUGUUCACCUGGCCGCUACAAGCGAUGACGGUGGAAAUGUACUAUUGGAUGAUCUAUACCUAUCAUGGCCUCUCUCCGCCACGGGCACAAUACCAGGGCUUCGAAGUCAUUUCGGGGAGAAUCGUCUAUUGCCACUGGGGCUUGCGCUGGUGGAGCUGUCUCUUGGAAAGUCUCUCCAGACACUGUUGGAUCUGGAGGAUGGGAAUCAGGAUACAUUGAUGUCCAGAUUCAAUACCGCAUCAUGGCUCGUCAAAAUGGUGUACAUGGAGAGUGGGACGAAUUAUGCCGAUGUGGUUAAUAGCUGUUUGUCUUGGUCUGGCCUAUGUCUCGAGGAAAGGUUUGAGGAGCGUGUCUUUGACACUAUCGUUUCUCCGUUGCUGAGAGACUUGGGUAAUUUUGAGGGAUUAGCAUAA